AUGCUGCUGCAUGACCUGCCCUGCUACUACGGAGAUAUUGGGAGAACUGAAAUCCUAUCGAGAACCUUUGAGUCCAAUGAGGUUCUAACUGCACUUCAAAUUCCUUCUCAUCCAAUGGUCUCACAAGACCAAUAUAAGGAGUUCACGGAAUCCUUUUCCUGCCAAGCUCAAACCAACCCAAGACCACUGUGCUUGCCACUUCCCACCUCUCAUCCCUACCAGACACACAUCUCUAGGUACACCAUGUUCCCAAAAUUCUGAUCACCUGAGCAUUGAUACACUGGGACUGAUUGAAGUGGUCAUCAGCCCUUCCAUCCCAAUAUCCCUAGCAAGGCUUUUGAUGUGAUUGUUCUAAGGAAGGCCAGAGGUAAUUCAUAUAGGCAUGAAAUUGUCAGUAUUCCCUCUGACCCUUAGAAGAAGGCUGUGUACUGGCUGGGACAGCACACAUACUUCCAAGUACAUAAACAUAACCUCUCCCCAAGAACAACCAAUAUACUAUGAAACACUGAAAGGGCUCUGAGGAUCACAACAUACAGCUGGGACUUCACAGGUAAAGGUCCUAUGAAUCCCCUUACCCUGGGUAACGAUUACAUGAAAGCAGUUGGCAGAUUAACUGGAGAACUAGGUGAAGAUGUGAAACAACUAAUACUGCAACAAGAAACAUUUCUGCCUAGUCUCUCACAAGCGAGAGGGUGCACUGUGCAUUAACUUCAAGGUCGACAACCCCAUGAAUCAAUUCUGCGAGAACAGGGCUCCUCCAGCAUUCAGACACCUCCACCUCUGCACAGAGUUCCUACUGUCAUAGCCAGCUACUCAGACACAAUCCUGAAGCAGGCCAAUCCGCCUCAGACAUGCUACCGGAAUGUUCAUCAUUUGGAUGCAAAGCCACCAAUAAACAAGCGUCACAAAAUCACAGAUACAUUGCAAACAGAAGCAUUGUAUAGGGGGCAGCUUUCAGGAAGGCCUGAACUUGAAUGCUCGGUAACCAAUGGAAGACCAGCACACCGGCUGUUGAUUGGUCGCGGCGCCGUGAGGGGCGGGCCGAGCGCUGCGGCGCCGCUGGGUUACAUAGGGCGGGGUACGGUGUGUCCUUGGGCUCAGACGCCGGGUGGUGCGGGAGCAACCGGGGCAGUGGUUACCGCGUCAGCAGGGCGGCCGGACGGGCAGGUGCGGGCGGGGCGGCUUGGGCUCGGGGCCCGGCGGGGCGGCUCGGGCUCGGGGCCCGUUGUGCGGGGGGCAGCGGGACGGCCCGGGGCGGGCGGGGGGCCGCGAGGGUCCGGGCGGGUGGCGCUGUCGUCUGUCCCCAGAGGGCGAUUCCCGCCUCCGCGGAGCCCGGGGUCGCGGUCGGGGCGCAGCGAAGGUCACGGCGAGGCCUGGCUGCCACCGGGGCCUGCCCGGAGGGUCCUCCCGCCUCAAGGGCAGCCGGGGCCGGGAGGCGUGAGUGGGGCACUGCGAGGCGUCCCGGGCCGUGGCGGGAGGGGGGCAGCUCGGCUCCGCCGUCCUUGGCCCCGGGCGGGUGCGAUUCUGCUGAAACCGAGAAACGAAACAGUCUUGACCCCUCACACAGAAUUGUGUGACUAG